AGCUUGAGCGUACUUUAAGCUUAUUUCUGUCGCAUGAUAUCAGCUAGGUCAUAUGAUCCAAUGUUAUUCUGUGGAAAAUUACUUUAUUUUAGAGGAUAACCAUAACUCCACGUGCGGUUGUUUGAAAAGGGACAUUCUGGCAGUGAAUAUGAUGUCAGUCCGUGUUUUAUUGAUUGUCCUCUUUCAUUCAGGUACGUGUCUUUCCAAGCAGGCAGCCCUCUUCAUUACUGCACCAGAGAAGAUGCGAGCACUGAGUGGAUCUUGUUUGAAAAUCCCAUGUAACUAUAGUGCUGCAUCAGAAGAAACAUUUAACAGCAGCAGAGAAAUCUUUGGAGUGUGGAUUAAAAAUAACUCAAGGUUUAUAUAUAAUCCAAAUAAUGUAGUCUUCAACAGUAGUCGGUCAGUUAACAUCUAUCCAAUGAAUAUUACUGGAGACCUGAGUCAGAAAAACUGCACCACUCUGUUUUCUGAUUUAAAAACAAGUCAUUCAGACACAUAUUACUUCAGAAUUGAGAACAGAGCAUUCAAGGCAACAGCUUCUUCUGCUCCUAUUCAAAUAACAGUCAAAGAUUCUCCUUGGAGGCCCAGACUUAAAAUCUCAGGUGAUGUAAAGGAGAAGGAGUCUGUCACUAUCACCUGCUCAGCUUUCACUCCCUGUCCACACUCCCCUCCUCAACUCACCUGGAAUCUACAACAAGACCCUCACAACAAAAUAAAGAAACACACAGAUGGGACCUUUACAACUAAAAUCCAGGAGACCAUCACUCUGUCAGACACACAUGAUGGAAACAACAUCAUCUGUUCUGUCACAUAUCCUGUGAAUGAAGGAAAAGACGUCAAGACAGCAGAGACACAAGAGACUCUCAAUGUUUCAUACGCUCCUAAAGACACCUCAGCAUCCAUCAGUCCAUCAGGUUUGGCGUCAGCAGGUAGCUGGGUGAAUCUGACCUGCUCCAGCAGAGCCAAGCCUCCCAUCAGACACUUCACCUGGUUCAAGAACAGCAAAGAUGGACCCAUGAUCGUAUCUGAAGGACACUUCUACAGCUUCAAUGUGACUGAUGGAGGAGUUUAUUACUGUGUGGCCUCAAAUCAACUUGGUAACCAGACGUCACCGUGGAUUCAUCUGAAUGUUGGAGGUACAAAACAGUCUUCAUCAUGGGGAGGUGCUGUUGGAGGGACCAUUGGGAUCAUUAUCCUCAUCUGUGCAGCUUUCAUCCUUUGGAGGUUUAACUCGACCCGUCGAACUGCACAGGCACAGAGUCCUGUUCUUGAAGAGCCGGCCCAAAAGACAGGAGAAAAUGAGGAAAUCCAUUAUGGAGAGAUUGACUUUUCCAAGCUGAGACCUGAACCUUCCUCUGACUCGUUGCUGGACAGCACACAGCUGCAGGAGACAGUGUAUUCGCAGGUCAAAGUUCGCAAGACCGCAAACUCCUGAUGUCUGUUUGUAUGGUGCAGUUAUACAGAAUACUGAUAUUGUGAGGCCAUAUUGUCCUCGUGGGGCCAUUUUUCUGGGGUGGUUCUGGGCUCCAUAACGUUAAAACCAUAGACUGCAUAAUAAAUAUUUGAACAUGCAUCAGCAUUAUAUUAACUAAUUAAAGUGUUGGAAACUUUCCAUGAAAAAAAAAAAACAAAACAAAAAAACUGACAUGUAUUUUAGUGUUUUAGUUUGGCACAAGUCUCAUCCAAUAAUAUGGACAAGGUGGAGCUGAUGACCUAUACUGCAGCCAGUCACCAGGGGGAGAUCUACUUGAUUUGGCUUCACUUUAGGACCAUUUCUCCAUCCAUCUUUAUACAGUCUAUAGUUAAAACCUGUCAAGAUGUGAUUUUAGGGAAAAAGGUUACAAUUUGUUUAUGGAUGGUUAGGAUUAGACGUGUAGCUUUCAUCUGUCUGUCUGUUUGCAGGGAGAGUAUCAACACAAUGGUGCCACAACUGCACCAGAUUACAAAAUGGUACAGGUGUGUUGUACAAAUAAAAAUGAAAGCUGAAUGUGAAGAUUGGCUGUUGUGACGCCACUGUAUUGAUGCCGUUGCAAGAUUUCUAUUGAAUGCCUAUGGUUUUAUCAGAAUUUUACAUUACAUAUUCAUAUCCAUCGUACAUACAUUAUGCAUAUUCUGCUGGCAAAUGUUUUUAUUUAUUGCUCUUUAAUAAACAAUUCGCUUUGCAACCAGAGGCUUCCUCAGCAAUUUGCUUCCUUUCUCUGAAAGGAUAUAAUCAGAAAUUACAUCAGCAAUUUCAGUUUGAAUUAACUGCUGCAAUGGAUGGCACAGUGGUGCGGGCCUGCUCAUCUUGUGUGAAGUUUGCAUGUUGUUCCAUUGUUGUGAAAAGACAUACAUGUUAGGGUUAAUUGGUGAUUCUGAACUGGCUGUGAGUCCGGCAUAAAGGGUGAU